AUGAGAGCCUACGCGGCAACGCCAUCCGCAGCUACCGUCUCGCUGCCGUCGGCCGCGGCGCCGCCGCUGACCCCGGACGCUGCGGCCGUGCUGUCCCGCGCCGCGGGCGAUGCGUCCAGGCGCCGACACGCGCACACCACACCGCUCCACGCGGCCGCCGCUCUGCUCACCGGCCCGGCGCCGCUCCUCCGCGACGCCUGCGUUGCUGGCCUCGCGUCACCGCACCCGUUCCGGUGCCGCGCGCUCAACCUCUGCUUCGCCGUCGCGCUCGACCGCCUCCCUACCUCCACGGAGCACCACCAGAACCACCAGGACGGAUUCCGCGGUGCGGCGGCGCCGCCGCUCUCCAACGCGCUCUCCGCCGCGCUGAAGCGGGCCUACGCGCACCACCGCCGCAUCGGCGGCAGCGCAGGCAUCGAUGCGGGCGGCGAGGACCACCGCGUCGGCGUGCCGCACCUCGUGCUCGCCAUCCUCGACGACCCGUCCGUGGCGCGCGUCAUGCGGGAGGCCUCCUUCUCUAGCACCGCCGUCAAGGCGGCCAUGCUCCGCUCCCUCUCCGACCCGGCGGCCCCCGACUCUGGCGUGUACGUCAGCGCCACCAGGUCGCUGCAGCAGCACCGGCAAGCGUCGGGCAACCGGGACGAGGAGGUCGCCAAAGUGGUGGACGUGCUGAAGAGGGGCAAGAAGCGUAAUCCGGUGCUUGUCGGCGACACGGCGGACGUGGACGCCGUGGUGCAGGAGGUCGUAGCGAUGAUACAGCGGCAGCGCCUCGGCAAUGCGCGAGUCAUCGAAUUCAGCAACUUGGUCGACAUGGAUAGGUCCGAGCUGGUCUCCAAGAUCAGGGAGCUCGGCGAGGCGAUCAGGUCGGAGCUACUUGCGCCGUCGAUGGCGUCGCAGAGCUCUGGCAUCGUGGUCAAUCUCGGCAACCUGCAAUGGCUCGUAGAGGAAAGAUCCGCGGCGGCCUUCGGCGAACCGCAAGAGAUGAGGAGGGAUAUGGUGCUCGACACGGCGCGCGCCGCGGUGGCCGAGAUGGCGCGCGUGCUUGAGCACUCCGGCGGCGAAGGCGAGCGCCAGCGCGUCUGGGUGAUCGGCACAGCGACAUGCGCCACGUAUCUCAAGUUCCAGGUGUACCACCCGGCGCUGGAGAGCGAGUGGGACAUCCAGGCGGUCCCCAUCACGCCGAGGCCUCCGCAGCCGCCGUCGUCGCUCGGCCUCUCGCCGAGUGGUGGCAUUAACAGAGGCAUCCUGAGCAGCUCGGUGGAGGUGUUGUCGUCGGCGAUGACCGGUGCAACGACGCACAGGCCGGCGCCGAGCAUGUGCAACGGCUGCAUGGACGGCUACGAGCGCGAGCGCGCCCAGAUGGCAUCCUCUGACGCGAGCUCCCUCAAUCCCGCCGAGAAGACCAUGUCACGGUGGCUGCAGAUCGGGACGCCAGCCAGCGCACGGCCACCGUCUUUCGACCGCGCACAGGUUCAGGAGAAGGAACGGGAGGCCGACGAGCUGCGACGUCGGUGGCUUGACCGGUGCGCGCAGUUGCACUCCUACGGCCGGCCUUCGGCGGCGGUUACCUGCUCCGAGUGGAACGGCGCAAGCGUUCUCGGCAGCAUACAGGCGGCGAUGCCAGUAAGGCCGUCUGCACCGCCUAGCGGCAGGGUGGUGGACACCGACCUCGCGCUGGGUCCGGUGUCUUCGACGAGGCCGGCGGCAUCAGUAUGCGACACGGACGUGAAGGUGCUCGUGAAACGGCUGACGGAGGCCGUCAGAUGGCAACCCGAGGCUGCGGCUGCAGUGGCUGAUACGAUCGUGAAGGCCAAGCUCGGCGACGGCAACCGGCGAUGCGUUGCAGCUAAGGCCGGCACGUGGGUCCUCUUCGCCGGCUCCGACGUAGCCGGGAAGAGGAGGAUGGCCCAGGCGCUCUCUGUGGCGGUCUUUGGCGCGGACGCAGUCACCGUGCGGCUCGGCUGCAUUCCGACCCUCGACGGCGGGGAAGAUUCAGUCGUGUCGUGCCGCGGCAGGACGGCGCUGGACCGCGUUGCUGAAACUGUACGUGCCAACCCGUUCCGCGUAAUCGUGCUCGACGACCUCGACCACGCCGAUGACAUCGUGCACGGCGCUAUCGUGCGUGCCGUAGAGUCCGGCCGGCUCGUGGACUCGCACGGCCGCGACGUCGCCCUCGGCAGCGCCAUCUUCGUCGUCAUGUCAAGUUUGUCGUCGUCAGCGCCCGAUCACCCUGCCGACUCGCCGUGGAACCUGGAGCUCCGGGUCCGGCGAGACAGCACGCCGAAGCGCAGGCCGGAACAACCGUUCGACGGAGAUCGGCGCGUGAGAGCACGCAAGGCGCUACCGCUUGACCUGAACUUGUCCAUGUCUGACGAUCACAUCCACGACGACGGCGACGACAGCGGUGGCGAGGGAUCACGCAACUCAUCCAGCGACCUGACGGUGGAGCAUGAGCAGGAGUACGCACAGCCUGCCUCCGCCGCCACGUGCUCGGCACAGUCCAAUAUACAAGAGCUUAUCAGAGCCGUCGACGGUACAGUAGUGUUCAGACCAGUCGACUUCGAGCCGCUCAAGCGGAGCGUCUCUGACAUCAUGACAACGAAGCUCGGGGAUGACGGGUGGUCGGUGCAGGUCGACGCCGGCGUGCUCAACAGGUUGGCCGGCGCAGCAUGGACGGCAGCUGGAGCAUCGUCCGCCACGUCAUUGGAAUCGUGGGCCGACGAGGCGCUAUGCCCUAGCAUACGGCACUUGAAGCGUAGCCUAAGCACCAACGAUGCCGACGGUGCAACGACGGUGAGCCUAUCGGCUGUGGGAGACAUCGGUCGGCGGAGAAUGGACGGCGGUGUAUUUCCGACGUCAGUGACAGUCGCCGUCGACUGA